CUUCAAGCACAGAGAGACAUGGCAGUCAGGGUGGAUGCUUUUCCGCCCAAAAUGUACUGUUUCUCAAAGUUUUUUAAAUUUAUACUUAUUUCUGCUGUUUUUUGUGUUGGAUUCUGUUCAGAAGAUGAAGAAAGAUUGGUUCGUGAUUUGUUUAGGGGCUACAAUAAGCUCAUAAGACCUGUCCAAAACAUGACUGAAAAAGUUCAUGUAAGAUUUGGACUUGCAUUUGUACAACUAAUCAAUGUGAAUGAAAAAAAUCAAAUUAUGAAGUCAAAUGUGUGGCUGAGAUUUGUUUGGACUGAUUAUCAACUCCAGUGGGAUGAGGCCGAUUAUGGUGGUAUUGGAGUGCUUCGUUUACCACCUGAUAAAGUAUGGAAGCCUGACAUAGUUUUAUUUAACAAUGCUGAUGGAAAUUACGAGGUACGUUACAAAAGCAACGUACUAAUUUAUCCAACUGGAGAAGUACUCUGGGUUCCACCAGCAAUCUACCAAAGUUCAUGUACAAUUGACGUAACAUAUUUUCCAUUUGAUCAACAAACUUGCAUCAUGAAAUUUGGCUCAUGGACAUUCAAUGGUGAUCAGGUAUCACUUGCUCUUUACAAUGACAAAAAUUUUGUUGAUCUAUCAGAUUACUGGAAGAGUGGAACAUGGGAUAUCAUAAGUGUUCCAGCAUAUUUGAAUACUUAUCAAGGAGAUUUUCCAACAGAAACAGAUAUAACAUUUUACAUAAUAAUCAGACGUAAAACAUUAUUCUACACAGUAAAUUUAAUUCUUCCAACAGUGUUGAUAUCAUUUCUUUGUGUUCUUGUAUUUUAUUUACCAGCUGAAGCUGGUGAAAAGGUAACACUUGGUAUUAGUAUUCUUUUGUCCCUGGUUGUGUUUCUUUUACUUGUCAGUAAAAUAUUACCACCAACGUCAUUGGUGCUUCCAUUAAUUGCAAAAUAUUUAUUAUUUACAUUUAUCAUGAAUACAGUUAGUAUAUUGGUAACAGUUGUUAUUAUUAACUGGAAUUUCCGUGGUCCACGUACACACAGAAUGCCACACCUAAUACGUAAAAUAUUUUUAAAAUAUUUACCAACAAUAUUGUUAAUGAGACGACCAAAAAAAACACGUUUAAGAUGGAUGAUGGAAAUACCAAAUGUAACAUUACCAGCAUCAAAUUAUUCUGGUAGUCCAACUGAAUUACCAAAACAUUUACCAGGUUCAAUUGCAAAAUCUAAAAUGGAAAUAAUGGAAUUGUCUGAUCUUCAUCAUCCAAAUUGUAAAAUUAAUCGUAAAGUACAUAAUACAACAUCAACAAGUACUGGUGCUGUUGGUGGUGUUGGUGUUGGUGUUGGUAAUGAUGGUAUGGGUGAUCGUAGAGGUUCAGAAAGUUCUGAUUCUGUUUUAUUAAGUCCAGAAGCAACAAAAGCAACUGAAGCUGUUGAAUUUAUUGCUGAACAUCUUAGAAAUGAGGAUCUUUAUAUUCAGACUCGAGAGGAUUGGAAGUAUGUCGCCAUGGUGAUUGAUCGUUUACAACUCUAUCUCUUUUUCAUUGUUACGACUGCUGGUACCAUUGGAAUUUUAAUGGAUGCACCACAUAUAUUUGAGUAUGUUGAUCAAGAUAGAAUCAUCGAAAUAUAUCGUGGAAAGUAAAUUUAUUUAUUCCAAAUAUUUUACACGUUUUUAACAAUCAACAAAAAACAGCUCAGUGUCUCUCCCUCUUUUUUUUUUAUUUUAAAUCAUUUCGAUUGAAGACACGUUAGAAAAUAUAAUUUUCAAGUCUUGAUGAUUGAAAAUUUACGCGCGUGAAAUAAAUACAAUUUUAAAAAUUGAAUUAAUUUUUUUAUAUUUAACAAAAAUAAUAUCGUCGCACAUACAGCAAAUUCAAAACUAAUUUUUAGAUUAGAUAAAAAACUUUUUAAAAUUAGCACGAUGUUGAUAUGUUUAUUGUUUUUUAAAAAAUAAUUUAUACAAAUAUUUAAAUACUAGAAUUAAGUCAUGUAAUCCAGUAAAUAUCUUUAUCGAAAAAGAUGAAAAUAAAAAAGGUAGAAAUCGUACUGAAUUAAUUGUAAGUGGAGGACAUUCUAAAGUAGUCGUCAUUAUGUUUUUUUAAUAUUUUAUUUUGUUAUUAAACUCUCGACAGUUUAGUCUUCCUUACGAUAAAAAAAUAAAUAAAUAAAUAAAUAUAUAAUUAGUCAAACGUAAGGGCGCAAUUGUUUAUAUAUAAAUUUUAUUACGAUUGUUCAGAGAGAAAGUAUUUAAUGAUAUUAUAUUUUACUAAUGUUUUUUUAUUUGUUAAAUUAUUUUGUUGGUUAAUUUAUUUAGUGUUUUUUUUUAUUUAUUAAAUGCUAGGUGUACCAGGGUAAUGCUCAAUUAUUUAACUAAAUAACAAAUUGAUAUUCAAUAUCCGACAAAUAAAUUACAAUACUCUGAACCUUGAUGCAUGAUUAUUUCAGUUUUAGCUCAGCAUAUAUAAUCAUUCGAAAUUAGUGAUAAAUAAAGCGUAAGGAAGAAAAAAUAAUUGAUUAAUCAAUUAGCUAUUUAAAAAUUCGCAUAAGUUCUAAAUUAUAAUAUUGUAUUUUAGUCUUUAUCAUUGAGUAAGUUUAUGAUGCCUGUAUACAUUUGUCAUUAAUAAACUAAAUAAAAAAUAUAUAAAAUAUAUUUUUAAUUA